AUGUCGGAGUUCGAUAAGUCACAGUUUGUUUCAAUACUCAAAGAAUGUGACGGAAAACCCCAGUGUGCUAUUAAUACCUCUAACAUUCAGGAUAAAUCAAUCAGCUUCUACUGUCAAGUUCUCAAGCAUAAUAUGUUAGACGAUUUGGAAGUACAAUAUCAGAGUGACGUCAGAGAAAACUUUACUGCGUUCCUGAAGUCACGUGUCUACGAUGGUGAGGCAGGACGUGUUCUGACACGUGGUAAUCUAACGCAUCAGUGUCAGAGAAGGGGGCAGUGGUUCGGGAAUCCUCCAGUUUGCAAUGUCACCUGUCAGGAACCUAUCCAUGAGAACAUUGCCACUAUUCGUGAAACAAGUCCGUCUCCAAUCUAUGUUGAGGAUUUUAAUGUGACUUACACGUGUAGGAGAAACCAUUGUCACUCUGGCGGUGAUCUAACUAGAUUCUGUAACGGAAGUGGCAGUUGGACAGGAGAUAAGCCUUUUUGUAAACGUUGCAAAUGUCCAUGUGAUAGGGUACGAACCCAAAAUAUCAUCAAAGAUCCAGUAGUAUUUAAGAAUCGAAUUGACAAAUUGAAGAUGGAGCUGAAAGUGAAAAUGGAAAGUCUUUCCUCAACAUUGAGGAGGAAGACAUGUGCCAAGGACGAACGGAAGUCAUCAACCAACAUCGGCUCCGUCCUCGGAUGGGGAACCCUCAUGUUUAUUGUGGUCUUCAUUGUAUUAAGUGACAUUCCAUUGUUCUACAAACAAAUCCGUUAUGGACCUUAA